CCACCUCCCCGCCAUGAAGCGCCGCCGCGACGAGCCGGAACCCCCGGACUCCGCCCCAAAGCGCCGGGCCAAUGCCCAAGACGUCACCUUCCGAGUCGUCGUCCCGUCCAGACGGAUCGGCAAGGUCAUCGGCAAGGAAGGCUGCCGCAUUCAGAAGAUUCGUGAAGACUCCAAAGCCACCAUCAAGAUCGCCGACGCCAUCGCCAGAAAUGAGGAGAGAGUGAUUAUAAUAAGCUCAAAGGAUAGUGAUGACGAAACUACUGAUGCCGAGAAUGCGCUAAAACUAAUAACUAACUUGAUUCUGAAGGAUGAUGGGAAUGGCAGUGAGGCGGGGAUAAUUGGUGCAGGACAUGUGGUGGCAAAUACGAUAAGACUUUUGAUUGCUGGUUCUCAAGCAGGUUCUUUGAUUGGGAUGUCUGGUCAGAAUAUUGAGAAAUUGAGGAACUCCUCUGGGGCCGCAAUCGCAAUCCUUGCUCCGAGUCAGUUGCCUUUGUGUGCGUCUGCCUGUGAGUCUGAUCGAGUGGUACAGAUAUCAGGUGACAUACCUGCUGUUCAGAAAGGUUUGGAAGAGAUUGGUUGUCAGCUAAGAGAAAACCCGCGUCAGCAAGUGAUUUCUAUCAGCCCGGGCUAUAACUAUAUAGCUAUCCGGCUACCUCAAGUUCAAGCAUACAUGGACCCAGCUUCAGCUGAAUAUAUUACUUUUGAGAUGACAAUAUCGGAAACAAUGGUUGGUGGGUUGAUCGGUAGAAGUGGCUCCAACAUUUCAAGGAUUAGAAGUGAGUCUGGCGCAAUGAUCAAGGUUUAUGGUGGGAAAGGUGAACAAAAGCAUAGGCAAAUUCAAUUUUGUGGUAAUGCCCAGCAGGUGGCAUUGGCCAAGCGGCGGGUUGAUGAAUACAUUUACUCUCAGCUGAUACAGCAAACUGGUGAUCAACAGACAGCGUAACAGGAAAGGUUAAGCGGAAUAUUCAGAUGUUGUACCACCAUUUUGGCAUUCGGCAUUCGGCAACAAAAAUAGGAGACAUAAAAUCACCAAAAUCGAUAAGCCAUUGGUAGCCGUAAGUAUGUAAAUCGAUAAGCAUUUGACCAUCGGAAGUCGGAAGUAUGCAUUUAACAAGUGUAGUCGUAUGUUUGAUAGAAAUUAAACGACCACUGUGUUAGUUAAAUGAUUGACUGCUUUUCGAUUUGGCCAAGUUUUAGUAGGAUUCUUGUAUCUGUAACAAGAGAUUGAAUGGUCCAUGCCAAGUUGAGAAAGUCACCCAAGAUGCUCCCUACAAAUUACGGAUGAACCCGUUGCCAGGUCGUCCAAAAAUAAAAAUGACACUGAUCUUUCACAUAAAUAGUGCAUUUGAAUGCAAUUCGUCUCUAUGUUUGCAAUUCGAUUAAUGAUCCAGUAUGUGCAUUGUUGGCUCUGUGUGCUUCAAUCAAACCAAGGAUAUAGAAUAUGAAAUGCAAAUAAAAUUUGAUAGGGAGGCCCGGGUGGAACAUCUCCCUCACAAGUCACAAAUUUGGUUAGG